AUGCCGCUUUCGACUGGCGCCGCUGCGGCUGACCAGACGGUUCCUCGAACUGCUGACCAGUCUCAGGCUGCAAUCGACGGCGGGAGGAGGACGGAGGGAGGGGAAGACGAGGGUGGCAAGAAGCGCAAGCUGAGCGCGAACAAGGAGGGCGAGGCGGCGGAAGGCGAAGUCAGGAGGAACUUCUUCUCGACGUUGCCGAUGGACAUGCUUUACCAGAUCUGCAGCCAUCUCGAUCCCGGCACCCUUCUCGCCAUCGCGCAGACAAGCAAGUCAAUGCGCUCGACGCUCUUUCGCAGGUCCGCCGCGAUUGUGUGGCGCGCUGCGAGGAGGAACAUCGGCCUGGACAUCCUCUCUGGCAAGCUAGACGAGCCGACCUACGCGUACCUGCUCUACGGAAAGGCUUGCCAGGUCUGCGGCACUACUACCGAGACGACGGCAAGCUUCGACCUCCAAGUACGGGCGUGCGCCAAGUGCCUCGAGACAAAGUCGGCUCCUCUUGUCUUUGCUGCAUCGACUGCGAUGCUGCCUCUCGACGCCUUGCGAGUCCAAGCCGUCUCGCACAAGGGCAAGCGGACUGUCGGUCGCAAGCCAUUCUACUGGAUGCCCGCAGUCGUCGCGACGUCCGCCAUCCUUCACGAAAUCGAUCCCGUAGCCGCGAGGACCGACCGCAGGAAGGCCCAUCCGUCGCAGGCUGCGCUCGACUUCAAGCGCGACUUCGACAUUUACGCCAGCGCCGUUAAAACUGACGCAAAGGUUUUCUCGGAGUGUGUGAAGCGCGCCGCGCAGCGCACGAUGCAGGACGAGCGGGAAUUCCGUUUGUUUCGUAUCCAGCAACUGCGGUUCAGGUUGAUGGCGGAGGGCUUCACCAAGAAGGACACGUUCAGCAUCCCCAACUGCUUCAAGGACAGCACAACUCCCGUCGACGACGUCUACUGGGAGAACAUCAAGGACCGCCUAAUUCGUGCGGUACAGGAGGCGCACGACGCACGGCUUAAAGGCGAGCGAGCGGAGCGCAAGCGCGCUUUGUUUGUGCUCUACAAGAACCUUUACAGCGCAACUCCGCCCGCCGAGCAGACCUUCUUCCCAAGCCCUCAAGCAUUCUGGCGCCUCCCGUCGGUUCAGGCGCUAUGGUUCCCCGAAGACGCUGUAAGCGACCCGGCGAGCUGGUCAUCCGCGACCCCGGCAAUUCGCCUCGACCUCCAGCGCCAGGCCCGCGUCGACAAGAUCCGAUAUUUCCACCGCCUCGCUCGCGCACUCACUGUCGCCGACGUCGCCCUACCCUCCUACAUCACCGACCUCAUCGCUGCCGAGCCGUCCGCGUUCGUCGACAUGAACGACGAGACGGAAGCCGUCGCGCCGCUGCAUGACCAGCUCACGGAUCAGCAGCUCCACGAGUUGCUGUACAGUCCUCUCGCCGUCUUCCGCUGCGGCAAUUGCCUUCACCACUUCCUGAUCCCCAACCUCGGCACGCAUUGGCAGCAAAGGCAUGCUCAAAACUCGUCAACGGCGACGCUCGAAGUCGACAACAUGAUUAAGCCAGUUGGCGCACACUACCUCCGGCUCUUAGACCGCUUCCUGCACCGUCUCGGGCUAUCGAGCCUUGCCACGACCAUCGACUUUCUCGACAAGCUUCCGGCGGGUUUCGAGGUCCGCUUCAACAGCCCGGACGGCCGUCUCUGUCAGGGGCUGAAUUGGUCGGGACUGGUCAGCCACGCAUACUCGUACAGCGAAUCGGUGUAUGCACUCCUGUACAUCGACCCUACCCUCGUCGACAAGAAGAAGAGGGCCAAGACUAGGCGCGAAGGAGGCUCGAAGCUGCCGACGCAUGUCAGCACGAGCGGCGGAACGAGCGGCUGA